AAGGUUUGCCCACAAAAAAAGACGAAGAAGAGGUUUUGGCUUGCAACAUUAGGUUUUAAAUUGAUUGAUAUAACAUCGCGUUUUGUUGUGGUUCGUUGUAAUCUAGUCACAUGGAGCGUUUGACAUCUUUUGGAAAUGAUCCUUUUGAUAAGCCACCGUGCAGAGGAUGUUCAUCGUAUCUGUCUGAGCCUUACAUCAAGUGUGCAGAAUGUGGCCCCUCACCCUUUUUACUGUGUCUCCAGUGUUUCACCAGAGGAUUUGAAUACAAGAAGCACCAGAGCGAUCACAAAUAUGAAAUCAUGACAUCAGACUUCCCGGUACUGGAGCCAGGAUGGACGGCUCAGGAGGAAAUGGACCUGCUGGAAGCCGUUAUGGACUGUGGAUUUGGAAACUGGCAAGAUGUGGCAUAUCAGAUGCGCACAAAAAGCAAAGAAGAAUGCGAGAGCCACUACAUGAAGAAUUUCAUCAAUAACCCACUCUUUUCCUCCACUCUGCUCGGCCUGCGGAAGACAAACAACUGUCACUACGCAGAUGGCGCAGUUCCUUUCAAGCCGACGGACGAUCCACCUCGGCCCACAUUCGAUUCUGUGCUGUCUCGAGAUAUGGCCGGAUACAUGCCUGCCAGAGCAGACUUCAUGGAGGAGUUUGACAACUAUGCAGAAUGGGAUUUGAAAGACAUUGAUUUUGUGGAUGAUGACUCAGACAUCUUACAUGCACUGAAGCUUGCAGUUGUUGAUAUUUAUCAUUCAAGGUUAAAGGAGAGACAACGGAGAAAAAAGAUUAUCAGAGACCACGGAUUGAUCAACUUGCGGAAAUUCCAGAUGCUGGAGAGAUGUUACCCGAAGGAGGUGCAGGACCUGUAUGAUGUGAUGAGACGGUUUGCCAGAGUGGUUGGACCGACUGAACAUGACAAAUUCAUCGAAGGUCACGCACUGGAGUUUGAGUUGAGAAAAGAGAUCCGCAGGCUGCAGGAGUACAGGAGGGCUGGGAUCAAGUCUUUCUGCAGCGCCAAGGUGUAUGAGCGGGUGAAGCGGAUGCGGGAGGACGAGCGCAGGAAGAGGACAAUGUUGUGUGAUGUGCUGCAGUACAUCCAGGAUGGCAGAGCCUGCCAGCAGUGGCUCAGCAAACAGGCUGCCAUAGAUGCUGGCGUCACUCCAGCUGUCACAGCAAUCACAGUGUCAGCAACAGGGAGGCGGAGCGCCCCUCCCCUCAACCUGACUGGACUGCCAGGAACAGAGAAGCUCAAUGAGAAAGAAAAAGAGCUGUGCCAGGUGGUGCGGCUGGUGCCGGGGGCAUACCUGGAAUAUAAGCAGGCGUUGCUGAAUGAGUGCAGACGACAGGGGGGCUUACGGCUCGCGCAGGCCCGAGCGCUGAUCAAGAUUGACGUCAACAAGACUCGUAAAAUCUACGACUUCCUGAUCAAAGAGGGCUACAUCACAAAGGCCUAGAGGAGCGUUGACUACAGACGCGAUCAGAUGGUGGUUAGUGGGUGAUUUUUACUGGUGAUGACUUGUAAUAAAUUUUAUUAUUCCUGUUUUCUUUGAAAUAUUUAAAACUGUGUAAAACCUUAUUUGAGUUUGUCAUCCAUGUUUUAAAAAAUAACUUUAAUUUUUAUUUUUCUUCUUUUUUAUCAGAAGGAGACCACAUUGUAUUUAUUUCUCAUAAUAUGUCACAUGUUGUUUAGUGUGUGUGUGUGUGUUUACAUUUAAUUCUGAAAUUGACCUCUGAAUUGAAAAUAUCUGAACUGUAGAAGUGUCUGGUGAAGAAUCUUAAAAACAUGUGAUCCUCUUAGUGGUAUAAAAUAGAUUUUAAAGUUAAAGUAUUCUGGAGAAAACUGUAUUUCAUGUUGUAGUCUCCCACAAUAAUUGUACUGUUAUAAAACUAAAGCACUGAUGUUUGGGAGGUUAAAAAAGUUACAAGAAUUUACCUGUUUUUAAACAUUUUAAAUAGUGUUGUGUAAUUGUUGUGAUAUUAGGAGAAUAUACUAGAAAAUGACACCCUGAGUGAUAAAACGAUUAAGAUGAUUAAAAGUGAA